GCAGACCACGACGGCGAGCACCCGGCGAGCACUGCACUACGAGCCCCUCAUGCACCGUUCUCUGCUCUCAUGCCCCUCGUCGGCAUCCAACUCACGAUUGGUUCAUUCAUGGAGCACAGCUUUGCGUUUCGCGGCAGUCCGGACCAGCCGUUCAUGCUCUCCCCUCGUUCCUCGCUGACUGACGACCGCUGCGAUUCACCUGCCCCAGUUCAAGCUCUCAUCGAACCCCACUCAGCCCAUGCAUCCAUCGAGGCCCGCCAUCCUCGCUCCCCGCAAGCGUCGACAUUGUGCGGCCCAGGCACUUCGCCAGACGAAUACUCGGCAGUCUCUUGCACCACAGUGACUUUCCGGCCGUCUGCGACGCGCUGCAACCUCGCUAUAACGCACGGAAGAGGAAGCCGAAUGCGUUGUUCCAUGUCCUGCCUGAAGAGUGGAAUCUUCUCAAGUCCGAGCUGCAGGAGAAUCAGAGAUUCUGCGUCACUUCUGGUGAGUCUUGAUACUUUCAGUUGUGAGGCUCUCUCGCUAUACUUCCGACGGACAAGCCUUUCUCGCUCCCCAUUGUCACACAAACGAACAGCCUUUCCUCCUCCCUCACCAUUCUCUGUCCUCGUGUCUGCCCCUCCCUCAAGCAUCCAACCCAAGAUCGACUCACUGGCAUUUGAGGAUGCCAGCCUCGACGACUUGAGACAAUCCAAAAGUCCACAGCUUGUAACUGGUGACUGUCAUGAGGCGCAGUUGAGUAACAUCUGUCCCCGACGAGUCCUCGCAGACUCGAACAUCUUCCUGGCGGCACCAAUCUCGCCUCCGUCUUCGAUAUUCGACAAGCGAAGGGAUUGAAUGGGAAGGGGAUCCCAGUGUUCACGUCUGGGACAGUGAGGCACCCAGAACCAUUCGUGUGCGAGAUCUCACCGAGAUCAAGCAAGAGGACGAUAUUCAUCUUGAAGGCAAGAUCCACAGACAAAGGACAGAAGUUAUGAGCGAAGUACCCAAUCCGAGUCACACGAUCGCCAACUCCUCCCUCGGAUGAGUUACGAUAGGGUUCAGCAAAUAAGGAGUAUUGGCGUGUGUACUCACUGUCCCGAGAAUGCCAUGGUACGUUAGCACUGGAGGACCUCUCCUUGCUCAGCGAUGGAGACUACGGGUGUCACGAUUCGCUCAUAAUCCGACUGACAGGUG